UCGAUGUCGCCAUAUCGUCGACGAUGCCCAGUCGACGCAGCCGCAACGUGGGAUGAGACGAAUAGUCGGUUAAUUAGGCAUAGUUAACGGUCCUUCGUCACUUGGCGUAUGCCCUGAACAGCGGCUUAGCAUUUCACGCGAGCAAACCAGCCGUCGUAUAACGGGACGCGAAUCGUUUUGCCGGACACGCGUUUGUACCCUCGAUCGUAAUUCCAUUCCUUCCCCGUGGCGGACGCGCACGCGUCCAUAUACUAUCACGUUAUACAGGCUUGUCUUCUACCACGGCAAGCGGCCCGCGAACGAACGAACCUUUUUCGAAUUUCCCGUGUCAUCCGAUCCUAACCUCGAAGGAGAAUCCAUGUUCGGAUACCGUCAGAGAGAUACGCGACUGCGAAUUGUUCACGCGAGAGUACGAGACGGAAAGAACGCAAGUCAGGCUUUUUCAUAGACUCGGCCGGCCGAAAGUAAAACCGACUGGCAAAGCCAAAUUGAACGGAGACUGGCUUCGUGGUAACGAGCGGACGAGCUCUUCCGAUGUGGUUCCGGUGAGGUGAACAAUCGGAACGUAUACGAAUAUCAGGCACAGUCUGUGCGUUCGUAUAGUCGUAUCCGUAAAGCGUAGGCUAACUUAGAGGUUCUAAAAUUACCUUUCGGUUGGAACGAACACGGUUUUCGUUUCCAUCGCUCGAACGACGUCGAUCGAUCGGCUUCUAAGAGAAAAUAUACCGAUUCCGACUUUUCGCUCUGGCAGAUACCUCGCAAGAAAUGAACAUUCUCGCGAUAUUGGAGGAAGCCGCGGUUUGAGAAUAACUGCGCGACGAUCGUAGAAACGUACCAAAACGGAUGCAUGGAUGCGCGCGGAGGGUAGCCACGAACCAACGAUGUAAACGAUUAUACGCGGAACCGUGGAAGCGCCGCACGAGUCUCGUGAAAAUUUGGUGCACGUGCGCAGCCAUUGCCGAUCUCGAUCAUCGAUAUAUAUCCGAUCGUUGGCGACGAUUUAUGCAUAGGAGCGCGAACGAAACGAAAGGACCGAAAAAAGCUUUUUCGGCCGACGACACGCUCGAUGAAUUCGCCUGCACGGAAUCAACGUCGCGUGACUCGCGAAAACUUCGUCGUUCGCUGAAGCGCCGAAGCGUUCGAGACGAAAGCUCGAAGUGCGAUCGAUCGCAUCGUAUCGAACUAUGCGUAAAAUUGCGUCGCUGGAAGCCGGAACGAUACGCGUUUACUCGGCUAAUUAUAUUAUCGGUGGUUGUGCGAACCAACGGUAGAGGGGAGCGAGGAAUAAUCUAUCGAUUCCAAAGAAACGAGAAAUUGUACACAGUACGUGCGUACGCUAUUCGAUCGCAUCGAUUCGUUGGCUGAGGAUAGUGGCUGUGGUGUACGAAUUAUGGCGGCAACUUUCGAGUGUCCAUCAAAAAAGCAGACGCACGAUUUUCGUCUGUAGCAGCCGUUCCUUUUACAUUAUACUUGCUAUAUAUACUGUUGUACACGGCUAUAUUCGUAGAAUUCGUGGCAACAGAUGCGUCGCGCGUGAUGUUUUGAAACUUGAUCCCUCGCGAUCGCGAACAUGAGCGCGGAUUAGUUGUAUAAAGCGAAAAGAAAGAGAGAAAGAAAGAGGAAAAGAAGAAGACGCGCGUCUAUCGACGUUCGAAUGUUAAGACGCGAGCGAUUUUUUUAUCGGUUGUUAUUAGAACGUGUGCUCGGAGAUUACAUAUGGAUCGAACCAAUCUCAGGAAGAGAAUUUGACGUUGCGAUCGGAGCACGAGUAAUUUCCGCGGAAGGCAGACGCAUUCAAGUGAAAGACGACGAUAACAAGGAACAAUGGCUGACUCCGGAAAGGCGAAUAAAGGCGAUGCAUGCCACUUCUGUGCAAGGUGUAGAAGACAUGAUCAGCUUAGGAGACCUCCAUGAAGCUGGUAUUCUAAGGAAUCUGUUGAUUCGUUACAACGAGAAUCUCAUAUAUACCUAUACGGGUUCCAUUCUAGUCGCCGUGAAUCCGUAUCAAAUAUUACCGAUUUAUACCGCUGAACAAAUCAAACUGUACAAGGAUCGUAAAAUCGGAGAGCUGCCGCCACACAUAUUUGCCAUCGGAGACAAUAGUUACGCGCAUAUGAAUCGAUACGGUCAAGAUCAGUGCAUAGUUAUCAGCGGGGAAAGCGGAGCCGGCAAAACGGAAAGUACAAAACUAAUUUUGCAAUAUUUGGCAGCGAUUAGUGGCAAGCAUUCUUGGAUCGAACAGCAAAUUUUGGAAGCAAAUCCCAUCUUGGAAGCGUUCGGCAAUGCCAAGACGGUACGAAACGACAAUUCGUCUCGCUUUGGGAAAUACAUCGACAUUCAUUUCAACGAACAAGGGGUGAUAGAAGGAGCAAAAAUCGAGCAAUAUCUUUUGGAGAAAUCGCGAAUAGUCUCGCAAAGCCUGGACGAGAGAAAUUAUCAUGUAUUCUAUUGUAUGCUGGCUGGUCUUUCGAAAGAAGAGAAAUUGAAACUGGAACUGGAAGAUGCCUCUUCGUACAAGUAUCUAACGGGGGGUGGCAGUAUCACGUGCGAGGGGCGGGACGAUGCCGCGGAGUUUGCCGACAUUAGAUCAGCCAUGAAAGUUUUGCUGUUUUCCGACACGGAAAUAUGGGAGAUACUUAAGCUGUUGGCUGCCCUAUUGCACAUGGGAAACGUCAAAUACAGAGCCACCGUCGUAGAUAAUUUGGACGCUACUGAAAUUCCGGAACAGACAAAUGUGCAGAGGGUAGCGCACUUACUGGGCGUACCCGUUCAAUCUUUGAUAGACGCUCUAACUCGAAAAACGAUAUUCGCUCACGGUGAGACUGUUGUGUCUACGUUGUCCAGGGACCAAUCGGUGGAUAUCAGAGACGCAUUCGUCAAGGGAAUAUACGGACGAUUGUUCGUGCAUAUCGUGAAAAAGAUAAACGAAGCGAUCUAUAGGCCCAAGAACAUGUCCAGAAGCGCCAUAGGUGUAUUGGAUAUAUUCGGCUUUGAAAAUUUCAAUCACAAUAGCUUCGAGCAAUUUUGCAUCAACUAUGCCAAUGAAAAUCUGCAACAAUUUUUCGUGCAACAUAUCUUUAAGCUGGAACAAGAAGAAUACAAUCACGAAGGUAUCAACUGGCAGCAUAUCGAGUUCGUCGACAAUCAGGAUGCGCUCGAUUUGAUAGCUAUCAAGCAGUUGAACAUCAUGGCCUUGAUAGACGAAGAAUCAAAGUUUCCGAAGGGUACGGACCAGACCAUGUUAGCUAAGAUACACAAAACGCACGGCAGUCAUCGGAAUUAUUUAAAACCAAAAUCAGACAUUAAUACGUCGUUCGGCCUUAAUCACUUCGCCGGUGUCGUGUUCUACGAUACCAGAAGCUUCCUCGAGAAGAACAGGGACACGUUUAGCGCCGAUUUAUUGCAGCUGAUUCACAUAUCGUCGAAUAAAUUUUUGCAGGCCUGUUUCGCCGAGGACAUCGGUAUGGGAUCAGAGACUAGGAAACGAGCACCUACUCUGUCCACACAGUUCAAGAAAUCCUUGGACUCCCUGAUGAAAACAUUGUGCAGUUGCCAACCUUUCUUCAUCAGAUGUAUCAAACCGAACGAGUACAAGAAACCGAUGAUGUUCGACAGAGGACUUUGUUGUCGACAAUUGAGAUACUCCGGCAUGAUGGAAACGAUUCGAAUUCGUAGAGCUGGUUAUCCGAUCAGACAUUCCUUCCCGGAGUUCGUGGAGAGAUAUCGGUUUCUCAUUCCGGGUAUACCUCCGGCGCAUAAGGUCGACUGUCACGCGGUUACAUCUAAAAUCUGUCACAUAGUAUUGGGAAGAUCGGAUUAUCAACUCGGACAUACGAAAGUGUUUCUCAAAGACGCUCACGACUUGUUCUUGGAGCAGGAACGCGAUCGCGUUUUAACGCGGAAGAUUCUAAUCUUACAACGCAAUAUACGUGGCUGGGUUUACAGAAGAAGAUUCCUUCGCAUGAGAGCAGCCGCGACUGUCGUCGAAAAAUACUGGAGGGGCUACGCGCAACGACAACGAUACAAACGUAUGCGUAUCGGUUACAUGCGACUUCAAGCGCUGAUCAGAUCGCGAGUGUUAUCGCACAGAUUCAGGCAUCUCAGGGGACACAUAGUCGCUCUUCAAGCCCGAGCCAGAGGCCACCUGGUACGGAAAAUGUACCAAAAGAAAUUGUGGGCGAUCGUGAAGAUACAAGCUCACGUUCGAAGAUUGAUCGCGCAAAGACGCUACAAAAAGAUCAAGUAUGAGUAUCGGUUGCACGUCGAAGCGUUGAGGCUUCGAAAGAAAGAAGAGCGGGAGUUGAAGGACCAAGGGAAUAAACGGGCGAAAGAAAUUGCCGAGCAGAACUAUAGAGAACGAAUGCAAGAAUUGGAAAGAAAAGAGAUAGAGAUGGAACUGGAAGACCGGCGCAGAAUGGAGAUUAAGAAGAAUCUAAUAAACGAUGCAGCCAAAAAACAAGACGAACCGGUCGACGAUAGUAAAUUGGUCGAGGCGAUGUUUGAUUUUCUACCGGAUUCGAGCAGCGAGGCUCCAACACCUGCUAGGGAAACCUCUGUAUUCAAUGAUCUACCUGCGCCAAAGGCAGACCAACAGGAGAUCAUCAGCCCCGUUCAAACAGCAUCGGAGGACGAGGAAGAUUUAUCGGAAUUCAAGUUUCAAAAAUUCGCGGCAACUUACUUUCAAGGGAAUAUUACGCAUCAGUAUUCGAGGAAACCUCUGAAGCACCCUUUGUUGCCUUUGCACACGCAAGGAGAUCAGUUGGCUGCCCAAGCACUGUGGAUCACGAUACUUCGUUUCACCGGAGACUUACCCGAGCCUAGAUUUCACACGAUGGACAGAGAUACGACCUCGGUCAUGUCGAAGGUCACAGCGACUCUUGGCCGUAAUUUUAUACGAAGCAAAGAGUUCCAAGAGGCGCAAAUGAUGGGCGUCGAUCCGGAAACGUUUCUCAGACAAAAACCACGAUCGAUAAGACAUAAGUUGGUGUCGUUAACGCUGAAACGAAAAAACAAAUUGGGCGAGGAUGUCAGACGGAAACUACAAGAGGACGAAUACACGGCGGAUAGUUAUCAGUCCUGGCUGGAAGCGAGACCUACCUCGAACCUCGAGAAGCUUCAUUUCAUUAUCGGCCAUGGAAUAUUGCGCGCGGAAUUAAGAGACGAGAUAUACUGUCAAAUAUGCAAACAACUGACCAACAACCCAUCCAAAUCGUCGCACGCUCGCGGCUGGAUCUUACUAUCGCUCUGCGUCGGAUGUUUCGCUCCGUCCGAAAAAUUCGUCAAUUACUUGCGAGCAUUCAUCAGGGAGGGACCACCCGGAUAUGCACCGUACUGCGAGGAUCGACUCAAGAGAACGUUCAACAACGGUACGCGAAACCAACCGCCAAGCUGGUUGGAGCUUCAAGCGACCAAAUCCAAGAAACCAAUUAUGUUGCCGAUCACGUUUAUGGACGGUAACACUAAAACGCUGCUCGCUGAUUCCGCCACCACCGCCAGAGAACUGUGCAACCAGCUUUCCGAUAAGAUAUCGUUGCGCGACCAGUUCGGAUUUUCUCUUUAUAUCGCGUUGUUUGAUAAAGUCUCGUCGCUCGGCAGCGGCGGUGACCACGUGAUGGAUGCCAUCUCGCAGUGUGAGCAAUACGCCAAGGAACAAGGUGCUCAAGAACGGAAUGCUCCGUGGAGAUUGUUCUUCAGAAAGGAGAUAUUCGCACCUUGGCACGAACCCACCGAAGAUCAAGUCGCUACCAAUUUAAUUUAUCAACAGGUAGUUAGGGGAGUAAAAUUCGGCGAGUAUCGUUGCGAUAAGGAAGAAGAUUUAGCGAUGAUCGCCGCCCAACAAUAUUACAUCGAAUAUCACACCGACAUGAACGUCGAUAGACUUUACACUCUUUUGCCGAAUUACAUACCGGACUAUUGCCUGACCGGUAUCGACAAAGCAAUCGAAAGAUGGGGUCAUCUGGUUCUCCAGGCGUAUAAAAAGAGUUAUUAUUUAAAGGAAAAAGUACCUGCUUUGCGGGUUAAAGAGGAUAUCGUAGGGUAUGCGAAGUUCAAGUGGCCAUUACUCUUUUCUCGCUUCUACGAAGCGUACAGAAAUUCCGGGCCGAAUUUGCCGAAAAACGACGUUAUCAUAGCCGUGAAUUGGACCGGAGUGUACGUCGUAGACGAUCAAGAACAAGUACUUCUCGAAUUGUCGUUUCCCGAAAUCACCACCGUGUCUAGUCAGAAAACGAAUAAAAUGUUCACGCAAACGUUCAACUUGUCAACGGUGCGAGGAGAGGAAUUCACUUUUCAAAGUCCUAACGCCGAAGACAUUCGCGAUCUGGUGGUAUACUUUUUAGAAGGUUUGAAGAAACGUAGCAAAUACGUUAUCGCUUUGCAAGAUUACAAAGCACCAGGCGAAGGUUCGUCGUUCUUGACCUUUCAAAAGGGGGAUCUUAUCAUUCUGGAGGACGAGAGUACCGGUGAAACUGUCCUCAAUUCGGGAUGGUGCAUCGGCACUUGCGAAAGAACCGGAGAAAAAGGCGAUUUUCCAGCCGAGACAGUAUACGUUUUGCCCUCGCUAACGAAACCACCAAACGAUAUUUUAUCUCUAUUCAGCAUCGAAGGAACGGAAAAUGGCCGCAAAUUAUAUCCACAGCAAGUAAAUGGAGUAGAAUCCCGUGACAAACCUCAUACCCUUUUAGAAUACGCUAUUGAUCACUUCCGAACACCGCCAAAGAGGACUAUGUCAAAGGCGUUGACUCUAUCAACAGCGCGACGCGGACACACCGACGAAUUGUGGCAUCAUUCCAGAGAUCCUAUUAAACAACCUCUCUUAAAGAAGUUGAUAUCGAAAGAAGAAUUAGCCGAGGAAGCGUGUUUCGCUUUUAACGCGAUUUUGAAAUACAUGGGUGAUUUGCCAACGAAAAGACCGCGUAUCGGCAACGAGUAUACGGAUCUUAUUUUUGACGGACCAUUGAAAAACGAAAUUCUUCGAGACGAAAUUUAUUGUCAAAUCAUGAAACAACUAACCGAUAAUCGAAAUAGACUGAGCGAAGAACGUGGUUGGGAAUUGAUGUGGCUUGCCACCGGUCUCUUCACUUGCAGCCAAAGUCUCUUAAAAGAAUUGACUCUGUUUUUACGCACGAGACGGCAUCCCAUAUCUCAGGAUUCUUUACAAAGGCUACAAAAAACCUUACGUAACGGUCAACGAAAAUAUCCUCCACACCAAGUGGAAGUAGAAGCUAUACAGCACAAAACGACGCAAAUAUUUCACAAAGUUUAUUUUCCUGAUGACACGGACGAAGCGUUCGAAGUGGAUUCGUCAACGAGAGCUAAAGAUUUUUGUCAAAAUAUAGCGCAAAGACUGAACUUACGCUCUGCAGAAGGAUUCAGUCUGUUUGUGAAGAUUGCCGAUAAAGUCAUCUCGGUUCCAGAAGGAGAUUUCUUCUUCGACUUUGUACGACAUUUGACGGAUUGGAUAAGAAAAGCUCGACCCUCUCGCGAUGGUGUAUCACCUCAAUUUACGUAUCAAGUAUUUUUCAUGAAGAAAUUGUGGACCAACACUGUUCCCGGUAAAGAUAGGAACGCAGACCUCAUCUUCCACUUUCACCAAGAGCUUCCUAAAUUAUUAAGAGGUUACCAUAAAUGUACCAAGGAAGAAGCAUCCAGAUUAGCAGCACUAGUGUACAGAGUUCGUUUUGGUGAAAGCAAGCAGGAACUUCAAGCUAUUCCGCAAAUGUUAAGAGAACUUAUACCUGGAGAUUUAGUAAAGGUACAAAGUUCUAACGAUUGGAAGAGAUCGAUAAUAGCAGCGUACAAUCAGGAUGCUGGUAUGAGUCCAGAAGAUGCCAAAAUAACGUUUUUGAAAAUAGUUUAUCGAUGGCCAACGUUUGGUUCAGCCUUUUUCGAAGUCAAGCAAAGCACAGAACCAAAUUAUCCAGAAUUAUUGUUAAUCGCUAUAAAUAAGCACGGUGUAAGUCUUAUACAUCCACAAACGAAAGAUAUACUAGUAACGCAUCCGUUUACAAGAAUCUCAAAUUGGUCGUCGGGUAAUACCUAUUUUCAUAUGACGAUUGGAAAUUUAGUCAGAGGUUCGAAACUAUUGUGCGAAACUUCACUCGGAUACAAAAUGGAUGAUCUAUUAACUUCAUAUAUUUCGUUAAUGCUCACGAAUAUGAAUAAACAGCGCACGAUACGGAUAAAGUAAAAGCGAUCCUGCUCGAUCAUAUCGCUUUGUGGUCGCCAUUCGUAAAAUUAAGCAUACACGAAAUGAGAGAGUCAAUAAAGUGAAAUAUAAAAAAAGAAGAAAUACCAGGUAAUUUAACGAUUGUGAUUAAAAACGAUCGACACGGAUCCGGUCUAUGUUGUUUAUAGAAGAUUUAUUUAAAUAGCAAUCCUUUUCGAUAUAACAAUGAUUUCUGUAACUAUAGACACUCGCGAAAAAUACAAUUUUUUACACAAAGAAUAUUGAUAAGCACAAUAGCAAACUUCAUACAAUAACAAAUGUUUCAUACAUGUGUUCUCUUUAUACAUUUUUUAUUAUAUACAUAUCCAAUAUAUAUAUAUAUAUACACACAUUACACAUACAUACGUACGUGUAUAUGUAUGUAUGUAUAUAUAUAUACUCUAUAUUCUUAUAUCCAUCGUCGUUCAAUUGUUGCAACGACUGAGAGCGUAAAGGAAAUCAUAGUGCACGUGUACACAAGUAAUUAGUUUAAAAGAUUGUAUAUGAUUUAUUUACAAAUAAGAUUCUCAUAUAGUUUUGUAAAAUAUUGUUUUAAUUCGUAAGUGAGAGAAAGAAAGUGUGCGUGUGUAUGUGAGAGAGAAAUACAAUGAAAGAACUUCAGGUUCAAACCUAGUUUGAUAUUGGGAUAUAAUCCGAAACAAUUCCACGUCUGCGAAAAGUUAUUGAAAAAUUGGCAACUUAACUUAAUGUAACGCUUGAACGUAACUUAAAAUAGUUUUCCAAUGUAACGAAUUGUAAUGAUUACUCAAUGAUUAUCCGUCCACUGAUACGUAUAAGGAUGUAAUUAUUAUUAACUCGCAAUUUAUUACUGUGAAUAAAGAUAAUCGUAUUCUUCAGGUA